AUGGGCAGUUGCGGAGAAUAUCAAACCACCUACUGGCUGGACAUCGAGUACCUGUAUUGUGUCACCUGCUUUGAAGGAGCGCAACAUGGGGCGAGCUUCAGGCGGUCUUGCGGAACUUUAUAUUUUAAACAGUCUUUUGAAAUUGAAGUCUUAUUAGAAAUGCUUCAACCAGUAAUUGAUGAUAUAAAUUGUAACUAUAAAGAUUCACCAAUAUUAAUAGGAGGUGAUUUUAAUGCAAGGAUUGGAACACUUUCGGAUUUUGAUCAAAUUGCGAUUUUUAAUUCGGGGUUGUUCAGUAAGAGACGUACCUGUGAUAUUUUUGUUAAUAAAAGAGGCUUAGAAUUGAAUGAUUUUAUGAGUUUAAACGGAUUUAUAGUUUUGAAUGGUCGCUCAAGGAGUGAUGCUGAGGGUGUAUAUACGUUUGUCGGAGGAAAUGGAUCCAGCGUCAUAGAUCUUGCUUGGAUUGAUGUAGCUCAUGCGGAAGUGGUUUAUGACUUUAUAGUACAUUCAUCAGUAAUUGAUUCAGACCAUUUCCCUAUUGAAGUUAUUUUUAAACCUAUAAAUCAAUUAAAGUCGCGAGAUAGAAGUGCUGGGCCCAUUCCUGAAGAUAGAUGUAUUAAUCGCUUAUGUUGGGAUUCAAAUAAAAUAAAUGAUUAUGUUAAUAUUUUGAAUGGUCCUGAAUUUGCUCCCCCUGACUCUGAUCUGUCUUCUGACGAGCAGAACCGGAUUCUGAUUGAUAGCAUCACGAAAGUGGCGAAUCUUUCGGGUAUGAUAAAAAGAACUAAUUUGAAUUUUAAAUCUAGAUACAAGAAACCAUGGUUCGACAAGCAAUUAAUUAAACUACAAAAAGAAACAAAACAAAAAGCUAAGGAAUGGAAAAAAUCAGGGUUUAGUGCUGAUGGUAGGCUCUCUUUAUGCGCAUCGAAGGCAAAAUAUAAAAAUUUGUUAACUAAAAAACGAGUAGGUUACGAGCAAAGUAUUCAAGAAAGAUUUGCAAGUGUAAGAGAUGCAAGAUCCUUCUGGUCUGCGGUAGAGAUUUGUCGGAGAAAGGGGGGAUUUGAAUUUAGAGAGAAUCCAAUAACAAUUGAAGAAUGGGAGGGCUUCUAUGCGUGUAUAUAUCCAGAAAGAGUGAACACAGAUGUGAGAUAUUUUAGUAAAACAGUCCCUGAGUUGGAUGGAGAAAUCUUGAUACAGGAAGUAAUAGCAGCGUUAAAUAAAAGUAAACCAGGUAAAUCCCCGGGUACGGAUGGCAUUAAUGCUGAAUUCUAUAAGAAUUUGCCAUUAUCUUGGAUAUUUUUUUUACAUUCAUUUUUUAACAAAAUUUUGGAUGAAGGGCGAGCUCCUGAGGCUUGGUCUCAAUCGAUUAUUACUCUAAUACAUAAAAAAGGUUUAAGAAAUGAUCCUCUUAAUUAUAGAGGAAUUGCAUUGUGCAAUUACAUCUUAAAAAUUUUUACUUUGAUACUCGCUAAAAGACUUUCCGAAUGGUCUGAAAAAAACUCGCUUCUCCCGGAAACACAAAAUGGUUUUAGGUCUGGAAGAAGCUGUGUUGAUAAUGUUUUCACAUUGCAGUCUGCCCUGCAUCUUCGACUGAGAAUGAGUAAGACGUCAGCAAUUGCUAAUGAGUUUUCAAACCCAGUCGAGGUAACAGAAGGCGUAUUGCAAGGUGAAACGCUUAGUCCCAUUUUGUUUAUAUUAUUUAUCGCAGAUUUUGAAAGAAAACUCAGGGACGCUGGAAAUGAGGGUCUGAAUAUAAAUGGUUGUGUGGACUUGCUUGUUUCACUUUUUGCUGAUGAUGCGGUUGUUUUGGCGAGUACCUCAGUGAGGAUGUCUCCGCAUUGGGCAAAAAGGCAACUGAGUAUGCAAUCUCAAAAUCUAACCAGGCUUUUGGGACGAUAA